UAUAUAUAUAUAUAUAUAUAUAUUCUCUAUGUUCAUAUUAUCAAAUAAAAUUAUCUCAAGAUACCAAAUAGAGUUGAUGUAUUUGUACCAAAACACAUAAUUACUUUCAUUAGUCACAACAAUCUUAGGCAAGCCUGUUGCUUACCAUCUAAAAGCUUGUAGGUUUCUUGGUUUGAGCACACUGCAUUGGGGAUGUUUGGAUAAUUUUAUCAUGUAAAUUUACAAACUAUAGUUUUUACGCCAUCCUCUCCAGUUUUGUCUCAUGUGACCUAGUAUAGCGCCGUUGACGUACAAUUUUAAAUACCUGUUUCAUGAAUUCGUGCAUCAUAGUUAGAAAUUAGUAACUAUCACGUUUGUUUAGUACGUUUUUGAUCGCAGUUGCUUUCAACAAUGCUACUAGUACGUAUUCCCGUGUACUAAUAUCCCAAAAAUGAUUUUGCAUGAGAGAUUACUGUCUAUGAGAGAUCAUCUUAUUUAAGUGAAAAUCCUGGGCGAUAUUGUGAUUUCAAGAGAUCAUAGAUAUUCUGCCCAAGCAUUUAGCACCCGAUUUCAUUACGUGUCGCUUUUUCGGGUUACUUCAUAUUUAUAGUCAACUGAAGAAAUAAUACUUGAAACGUUUCCCACGAGUAAAUUGUCUGCAAAAUUAUUUAUAUCAGAGCAUAUAAUUAUUAUAUUCUUCUACCUAGUCUAUUGUUCUCACUCAUUUAAAGUUAUCGUAUUGUAAUGGAAAUGACUGUAACUAAUAAUUCAUUCAUGACCAGUAAACACUACUUUUAUGAUGAAAUUCAGGUCGUUAUAGCUAUAAUUUCCCUAAAAUAAUAUUUGCAAUUUAACUCCCCGUAAUAUGUUGUGAAUUACAAAUGCUAUGGUUUGUUUUUAUUCAUUUUCUAUCCGUUCGUUACUUUGUACCUUACAUAUUAACCUCAUGUAUGCCUUUACUCAUGAGAUUCAUUUUCUAUUUAAUAAUAGCCAAACAUCACCUCAAAAUAACUUAAUUUAAAGAAUGCCAGGCGGUUAUAUUCCCGGUAUUCCACCCGUCUACCCUAAUAGCUGGAUUUCUUCAGGAAUAUCUAACAUGUCUCGCCUAGAACCUGCUGACUCGAAUUGCACUUAUGGAAUUCACUGGAUAUGGGUUUCAAUGGGACUGUGUGUUAUGGAUAUUCAAGGUGGCAUAGCCUUAUUUUGUGGAAUUCUAUGUUUAUUUCUUUGGAUUGCAGUGGGUAUACCUCAAAUUGUCGAGAAUUUUCGGACAGGAAUUGCAGACAAAGCUCUUUCGCCUAGUUUUCUUUGCUUUUGGACUUUUGGUGAUGUCUGCAACCUGAUAGGCUGUUUUUUAACACAUCAACUGAUUAUGCAGAUUGUUGUGACAGGGUACUGUAUUGUUAGCGACUUCGUCCUUGUGUUCCAAUUUAUCUAUUACAAACAUCGUCAUAAGGCUAUCUUACGUCGAAUGGCUACAGCUCUAAAAGAUGGUGAAAUAUCUUCGGACUCAAGCUCUUCUACUCCCAUUAUUUGUGACGAAUCAGAACAACAUAAUUCACAUCAAGGAUAUCAAAGACUUUCAGUUGGUUUAGUUGGUGCAGGAUGUUUAACUUUGAUGGGUAUUUCUUUAACUUCUAUCGAGAAUCCGUUUAACACUUAUGUUAUUGGACAAUCAAUAUCCAGUGGUUUACACUACCAACGGAGACAGUUAUUGGGGUGGAAACAAUAUGAAUCAACAGAUCACCCAUACAUAAAUUCAGAUCCUUUAAAUGGUGGUACAGUUAUAUUGGGAUAUAUUCUUGGGUGGAUUUCUACAUCCAUGUACUUGUUCUCUCGAUUACCACAAUUAUUUCGCAAUUGGAAACGUAAAUCAACUGAAGGACUGUCUAUGUUCAUGUUUUCUAUGGCUGUAACUGGUAAUAUUUCAUAUGGCAUUCAAAUUUUGCUUACAUCUACUGAAAAAAACUACUUAAUCCGAGCUACACCGUGGCUCGUUGGAAGUUUCGGUGUUGUUUUGCUAGAUAUUUUUAUGUUAUGUCAAUUCUUUUUUUAUCAAUUACAUCAACAUGGAAAUAAUAAUGACAGUAAUAGUCAAGAUCAAAGGAAUUUAUUAGAUACAAACCCCAAUCAAAGUGAAACAGUUUAGGAUUACUCUUUUUUAUCAUAUGAUUGUAAAGUGUUAUUUUCAAUGUUUGUUUAUUUUUGCUACAGUUUCAAAUAUUUUAAUCCAUAGUUUCACAUUCUUCCUGUAAUUUGUUAAAUGCAUAUUAAUUGAGAUCAUCAAUCUCCACAAUCCCAUACACUGAUAAAUGCAUAUCUACUAAAUAAGAAAAAUUUAGCCACUUUGUUUGUUUGUUUGUGUGUUCGUUUGUUAUUUCUUUAUAUUCACUUUUAUUUGUUUGUACAGAAUAAUUUGUAUUUGAUUAUCCUACUGGUUUCGUUUUAUUUGUUCUUCUCUUUACAUUUGAUUUCAACUUCGUAUUAUUUAGAUAAAGAACUUUGUUACUAUUUUUUUUAUUAUCAUAAUUUUAUUAAUUUUAAUAUGUUGACUUAUCUAUAUAUGUAUUGAAUAUAAGAUACGUGUAAUUA